ACAAGCAAAAGACUUAACAUAGGUACAUACAUCCAUAUCACCAUCCCAUCCCAUCCCGUCCCAUCAUAUCAUAUCAUAUCAUAUCCCCUACUAGUUGAAUAAGGUAAACUAUGGACCAACUCUGUUCGAUAUGCCAUGUCAACCAACCGAAAUAUACAUGUCCAGCUUGCAACACCCGUACAUGCUCACUAGCCUGUGUCAAACGACAUAAAACCCAGGCGCAAUGCACAGGGGUCCAUGACCCGACCCAGUACAUCCCACGCACGGAAUUCGCCCAGCUGGAUUUGAAUCGAGAUUAUAACUUUUUGAACAAGGUGGAUAGAAGUAUACAACUAGGCAAAGGAGAUGUGUUGAGCAGUGCCAAGAACGUGUUUAAGCGAAGCACUGGUGCUGCUACACAACGACAGUUUAAACGGUUUAAAGGCGGGGAUAAACGGGAAGAGCUAGUCGGUAAGAUGUUUCCUGAUCCCAAGACUAGUAUCAAGCGCAAGAAUACUCUUGUGGUGCAUUUGCCUCCUGGCAUGGCGAGAUCAAACCAAAAUAAAACAGGGUAUGAUAAAAAGAUGAAUUCGUUUAUAUGGACCAUUGAAUGGAUAUACUUGAAUGACAGCCAGGAAUUGGCCAGGUUUAUAAGUUAUCGACUCAAGGAAUCACUCGUGUUGCGCGAUGCCGUUCCUAUGAAUAUCAUAAAUAGCAGUGGUGCUGUCGACAAGAAUGAGUUAAGAUUUUACUUGAAGAACGAGAUCAAGAAGGACACCGUGAUUGAAUUGAAUGCAGAUGGAACUCUUUCGGAUGUUCUUGAAGACAAGAUAUUGUUGGAGUUUGCAACUAUUUACAUAACUGUGGGUGAACAACUACAGGAUAAGGUAAUCAGCGAGAAGGAAGCGUAUGUGGAUGCAGAGGAGCCGUCUAGUGACGAACUGUCUAGCGAAGGCCUGUCCAGUGACAAUGAUAGUAGUGAAGAGUCGGAGUCGGAGUCGGAGUCGGAGUCAGGCUCAGGCUCAGACUCAGAUAGUGCUCCCGAGGAAUCAUCACUGAGAUUACCCCAAUAUACUCCGUUUCAGAACAUCCAAGAGGAGCCAACUCAGCAGGAACAGCUCGAAACAGCAUUAAACGAUGUAGAUUAACAAUUUAAUAGACAUGUAAUAGGAUAGAUGUACUUGAGUAGCAGCAGGGAACUCGAAUGGUCAUCGAGAUAUGGUAGCGUUU